GGUUACCGGGAAGCUUUCUCGUCGCUUUCUAUCAGUUUGUGAGACAGAGUGGGAGAGAAAAGAGGAGACAAGUGUUUAUUUCAAUAGUUAGAAUUAAUGGAAGGGAUCACUGAAGGAGUGAACAACAUGAGCUUGGGCGUUGAUACCCAGAAGAAGAAUCGGAUUCAGGUUUCCAACACUAAGAAACCAUUGUUCUUCUACGUCAAUCUCGCCAAGAGGUACAUGCAGCAGUACGCAGAUGUGGAGUUGUCUGCACUUGGAAUGGCUAUUGCUACUGUUGUUACCGUAGCUGAGAUAUUGAAGAACAAUGGUUUUGCUGUUGAAAAGAAGAUCAUGACUAUGACUGUGGAUAUCAAGGACGAUUCAAGAGGACGUCCUGUGCAGAAAGCCAAGAUUGAGAUAACGCUCGCUAAGUCUGACAAGUUUGAUGAGUUAAUGGCUGCGGCCAAUGAGGAGAAGGAGGCUGCAGAAGCUCAAGAGCAGAACUGAUUUCUUCUUUUUUUGGGUCUGUGUUUCUCUCCGAAGAUCCGAUUUCUUUGUUCUGUAGCUCGCUGCUUAUUGUUAAAACACUUUGAUUUUGUUUUAUUUAGCGUAAUAGGUGUAGAAGAGAUUAUGUUGCAUAACGGUUUUCGAAAUAUGAAUCCCAUUCGAACCAUAAAAGUAUACCCAAAAAAGUUGUUUAAAAACGUU